AUGGGUGCGGGAAGAACAUGUAAUGAUUCUGGAAGAAAAUCAAUUUAUAUCGACAUUGGUAACAAAAGUGUUAGUGGAAGCUACACGGAUACAUGUAGAAAUAAAAUAAAUAUAUCGGUAGAUGCCUCAAUCAAGAGUAAUACAGGCCUUACUGGCUAUAAAAGAUAUACUCACACUCCUGUAGAUAGACCGUAUUAUAUUACUGAAAUACACCAUCAUAAAAAACCACAAAGUAGUAUAGACGUAACUGGUGGAGGACGCUAUGAAAAAAAGGUGACUGUAUACUAUCUAAGCUAUGAUGAUAGCAAUCUUGUGCCGGCGGUGGUGGGACUUGAAAAGACUAGAGGGGAUAAUAGGUAUGACUACUAUACAAGAACUAAUCUUUCAACUUAUAGCCCAUGGAAAGGAGAAGAAAAUCACGAUGUUGAUCAAGAAAGUCAACUCCUUUCAAAACUUACAGAAAUUAGUCCAAAGUUAAAUACUCUUAUAGUAUUAAAUCUCACUCAAACUCAAGGAACAUACUAUGCCAACGGAGAAAUUACUAAACCUCCAGAUUCUAAUCAAGAUACCAACAUAAAUGUCACUGAGUCUGGAAAGGUACAUAAUUGUUACGAAAGGUUCACCCACAAACCUGGUGGAGGAAUAGAUCGUAUGAGGCUCCUAUCCACAAAGAAGGGUGGCACAAGCAUACCUUUUGAAGAUCCUAUGAUAUAUACCACACCAUACAGUGAGGCUUAUGUCUAUUUCUGGGAGGGCGACAGUAGUCAUACCAGUCCUCUCAUUCUUCAACUUGGGGAAAGUACCUUUUACAAGCUUCAUGGCAAAAAAUGGAAACAUGAAUCUGGUAUAAAUGAAGGUACUCUCAAGAAGAAACUUGACAAAGAAAACUGCGCAUGGAACCAAGCUCACGUUGCAAAAAUCGCAGAGAAGGGUACUGGUAGUGGCACUAAUUACCAAUGUAUUGGUUGUUCUAAGCCGAUUACAGUAAGAAACUAUCCUGUUAUUGGUUAUUCCUACUCUAUCCAUUAUAUUGCUGGCAGUUAUAUUCGCAGAUUCAAGGAUGGAGGAACAGAACAGAUUGAGCUUGCAUUAACUGGUAAAAUAUCUAGCGUGUAUGUAUAUCACUACCCACUUACUGAUGGAAUCCCACUCUUGAUUCGCCUUUCAGGAUCAUCGGCUAUCUGGUUUGAAAAGGAAUCUAUAGAUUCUAAUAACUGGAAGCAGAUCUCUAAUAACCCACAAGGCAACUAUCUUGGUAAUAAUACAAAUAUCCUAAAGCUUCUAAGGGCUAAGUUACCAACUGUUACCAUAGACCUCGGAAAAACAAAUGCUACUAGUGGAAGUGAUACUGAAUAUCAUUAUCCUUCCGGAGAGGAUGAAAAGGACAAGAUUAAUGUUACAAUAAACAAACUGGCUGAAGGUUUCAUAGGUUUUUCUCACUCAGUUCUUAACAAAAGUGCCUUCAUACUUGGUGGAGUUAAAUAUGGUGAAGGUACUGCUUUCUCUGGAAUAUCAUCUAGUUCCAUUCUUAAAGGUGUCACUGCAUACUAUGAUGGAAAUGGACCUGAGUUUCAACUUGAGAACCUUCUAAUGGUUAAGUUAGAGAAAAGAGGCACUGGUAGUAAUAACUAUGAAUAUUAUACCAGAGGAGAUGAAGAUAAGGAUGGAACUACUUGGACUGUUCUUGAAGGGUUUGGAAAGACUGAGAAACUAGAGACUUCUGAGCUUACCACUAAACUUAAGAACUUAAAGGAAGAGCUUGACAAGCCAUCUAGUCCCUCUGGACUUCAAGGACCUAAUGGUGCUUCUGGACCUUCUGGUCCUGGAGAUGGUGAUGGACAAGGCUCUGUUACCUAUAGUAUACAGAAGUUUUUUGAGCAGAUACUUGAUACCAUUAGAUCUCACCCUGCUGAAAUAGGUGGUGCGGUUGGUGGAACAAUAGGAACAGGUAUUCUUGGUUUUGGUACGUGGAAACUAUGGUCUAAAAUAAUGUCAUGUCUAAUCACUAAGGCAAUAUAA